CAUUGACUGUGAUGUUGGCAACCAUCUGUAGAAGCCAAACAUGCUAGCAGAAUGUCUUAACCCAGGGUUGAAGAGAAUUUUAUUUUCUUCUCCAACUGCAUGAAUUUCAUGCAUCUCACCCCUCAUCACCUUCUUACUGAAUUUAGGUAAAAACGGUGUCUCCUAAGGGUUGCUAUGGGGAGUGACAGAGUGAAUCCUGGAAAACAUUCAGCUGUUUGACACUCGGCUUCAUGGUUCACACACAGAUUUCAACAAUGUCUCACCCAUCUUGGCUGCCACCCAAAAGCACUGGUGAGCCUCUUGGCCACGUUCCUGCACGGAUGGAGACCACCCAUUCUUUUGGGACCCCCAGUAUUUCAGUGUCAACACAACAGCCACCCAAGAAGUUUGCUCCAGUUGUCGCUCCAAAGCCAAAAUACAACCCAUACAAACAGCCCGGAGGAGAAGGUGAUUUUCUUCCGCCCCCACCUCCACCGUUAGAGGAUCCCGGUACCAUCCCACCCGGCGCUGGACACUUCCCUCCUCCUCCUCCACUCGAUGAAGGUGCUUUUAAAGUGCAGGGAAAUCCUGGAGGCAAGACCCUGGAGGAAAGGCGUUCCAGUCUGGAUGCAGAGAUCGAUUCUUUGACCAGCAUCUUGGCUGAUCUGGAGUGCAGCUCUCCCUACAAGCCUCGGCCGCCACAGGGCUCUGCUGGUGCAACAGCCUCUCCUCCCGUCUCUACCCCUGUCACAGGACAUAAGAGAAUGGUCAUUCCAAACCAGCCACCUCUGACAGCAACCAAGAAAUCUGCAGUAAAACCGCAGCCUGCACCCCAGGCCGCACCCAUCCCAGUGACACCAAUUGGAACGCUCAAACCUCAGCCCCAGCCAGUUCCAGCAUCUUACACUACAGCAUCCACACCCUCAAGACCCACCUUCAAUGUGCAAGUGAAGUCAGCCCAGCCCAGCCCUCAUUACAUGGCUGGUCCAUCCGCCGGACAGAUGUAUGGUUCAGGGCCUCAUGGCUAUAACACCCAGCCAGCUCCUCUGUCAGGACAGGGUCCUCCUUCGACUCGCGCUGGCACCGACUAUACAUAUAUUCCACCCCCGGGACACCAGCCUGAGCCUGGAUAUGGGUAUUCCUCCAACCAAGGGCGCUACUAUGAACCCUAUUAUGCAGCAGGGCCUGGCUACGGGGGCAGAAAUGACGCUGAUCCUGCUUACGGGCAGCAGGUUCACCCUAACACUUGGAAGCGGGAACCUGGAUAUGGUGCUCCUGGAGCAGGGAAUCAGAACCCUCCUGGCAUGUAUCCAGUCAGCGGACCCAAGAAGACCUUUAUCACAGACCCUGUCUCAGCUGCCAGCACACCGACACUGCAGCCAAAGGGUGGACACCCUGGGCCUAUGGGACCGCCUUCUGUUCCGCCAUCGUUCCGCCCAGAAGAUGAGCUUGAGCACCUGACCAAGAAGAUGCUUUAUGACAUGGAAAAUCCUCCUGCUGAUGAAUACUUUGGCCGCUGUGCUCGUUGUGGGGAGAACGUGGUUGGAGAAGGAACAGGAUGCACCGCCAUGGAUCAGGUCUUCCAUGUGGACUGCUUCACCUGCAUCGUCUGCAACAACAAGCUCCGAGGACAGCCUUUCUACGCCGUGGAGAAGAAGGCAUACUGCGAGGCCUGCUACAUUAAUACUCUGGAGCAGUGCAAUGUGUGUUCUAAGCCCAUCAUGGAACGGAUCCUGCGAGCCACCGGGAAGGCCUACCAUCCCCACUGCUUCACCUGCGUCAUGUGCCACCGCAGCCUGGAUGGCAUCCCAUUCACCGUUGAUUCGUGCGGUCUCAUCUACUGCAUCGAGGACUUCCACAAGAAAUUUGCCCCACGCUGCUCCGUGUGCAAGGAACCAAUCAUGCCAGCCCCGGGCCAGGAAGAGACCGUCCGUAUUGUGGCUCUGGACCGUGAUUUUCAUGUGCACUGCUACCGCUGUGAGGACUGUGGUGGUCUUCUAUCUGAAGGAGACAACCAAGGCUGCUACCCCUUGGAUGGGCACAUCCUCUGCAAGACCUGCAACUCAGCCCGCAUCAGGGUGUUGACCGCCAAGGCGAGCACUGACCUAUAAGGGUCCCAAGCCAGCUCAGCUGCCGAGUGUGUGGCACUGACGAGAAUGCAACGCAAGAAAAAAGAUAAGAGAAGAAAUAGAAAAAAUAGAAGCAAAGCUUCUCAACCUCUGGGAGAGUGUCUGUUCUUCGUCUGCUGUUCGCCUUUUCUUUAGAAGCACAUAGAUAGAUAAUGCGAUUUGUUUAAGUCACUACCAGAUACACAUUUCACAUUGAAUCACGUAGGGCCUUGGAAAAGCCUUUGUUCCGAGGACUUCCACAGUUUUGCACAGGUCACACUCCAUCCCAUUCACUUCUGCAUUCCCGGGGCGUCUAAUCCCCGUGUUUGUCUCACUUUUCUUCUAGUUGAAUAGAUGGUUAGUAUGGUAUUUGCUUUCACUUUUCCUGGGUGAGUGUGCCAGCCUGCAGGUGCUUUUAGCUUAAAGUCUCAUCCUGUCACUUUUCCUCUGACUGUGCCUACAAAAACCUAGUCAUUCUGUUGCCAGGUAUUGAAA